GCCAUGAAUCUGUUAGUUUAAUUUCAAUUUACAUGCUCGGUAGAUUCACUAAUCAGAUGGACAUUUUUAUUCUGGCCAGGUGGCCAGCUUACUUGGAGCACAUCUAGACCUCAUGGAAGAGUUUGAGGAAUUUCGAACAUACUUUGAGAAGACUGGAUGCCUGCGGAACAAUAAACAUAUCUUCCGAUCUCUGAAGGCUGAGGAACGAGAUGGAGACCGAGAUCGCGAGAGGGAAGAUAGAGAAAAGAAUAAACACCGUGACACCAGAGAAAGGGAUAGAUAUGACAGGGGUGUUGCCUUUACCAGUAAAGAUAUCAUAGGAGCAAAAAUGUCUAUCUAUGCAAGUAAGGAUAAGUAUUUGGCAAAACCCAUUCAAGAACUUGAUCUCUCUAACUGUGAGAGCUGCACUCCAAGCUAUCGACUACUUCCAAAAAAUUAUCCAAUUCCUUCGGUAAGCAACAGAACGGAAAUUGGUAAUCAAGUGCUGAAUGAUGAGUGGGUGUCUGUCACUUCAGGAAGCGAAGAUUACUCUUUCAAACACAUGCGCAAAAACCAAUAUGAAGAAAGCUUGUUUCGGUGUGAGGAUGAUAGGUUUGAACUUGACAUGUUGUUAGAAUCUGCGAAUGCGACCACGAAGCAUGUAGAAGAACUCCUAGAUAUGUUCAAUGAUAAUGCAGACAGUUCCAUUCGCAUUGAAGAUCAUUUAACAGCUCUUGACCUGAGGUGCAUUGAACGUUUAUAUGGUGACCAUGGGCUUGAUGUCAUGGAUGUAUUGAGGAAGAAUGCUCUUAUGGCCCUGCCAAUUAUAUUAACCCGGUUGAAGCAGAAACAAGAAGAGUGGGCAAGGUGUCGCUCUGAUUUCAAUAAAGUUUGGGCUGAAAUUUACGCGAAGAACUACCACAAAUCACUUGACCAUCGUAGUUUCUAUUUCAAGCAGCAGGAUGCAAAGAGCUUGAGCACUAAAGCGCUGCUGGCUGAGAUCAAGGAGAUCAGUGAGAAGAAUGACAAAGAAGAUGAACUGCUUCUAUCUAUUGGCGCUCGCAAUAGACAACUUAAUAAACCUCACAUGGAAUUUGAGUAUACUGAUCUGGACAUCCACGAAGAUCUAUAUCAGCUCAUCAAAUAUUCUUGUAAAGAAGUUUGUACCCCAGAACAGUGUCAAAAAGUCAUGAGGAUCUGGACGACAUUCCUUGAACCAGUGCUUGGUAUUCCUCCCCGUACUCAGGGUGCAAAGGACACCGACGAUGUUGUGAAGGCUAACAAUCAUGUAGCCAAUAUUGGUGAAAGGGAUGGAAGUCCGGAUGAUGAAGCUGCUUCAUUAAGUUGUAAACCAUCAGAUGUUCCCAGAACUGAGGGUGAAAACAUUCCAUCUUCUAGUUCCAGAAAAGCAUCGGUGUCAAUCAGUGAUUACGGUUUUAAAGGCAAUGGUUGUUGUGAUGACGUUGCUUGUGAGAAUGAUAUAUUAUGCAACACGGCCCAACGUGGAUUAGUGCAGACAGGUGAUCAUGUGAUACCAGCUGCUGCUGGCACCAGAAAACAAGCAACUUGCUUAGAGCAAGACAUUCCAAUUGCUGCUGGACCAGAGAGUGUCAAUAAGUCAAAUGCUUCAGAUUCACACCAUGUUUUUUUUGCGUCUCCUUUAAGGGUUGACCGUGCCAAUGAUGGGAGUGGGAAAGAGAUGAUUCCUAGCGAAGAAUCUCAGGGUGGUGUCUCUAGAAGACCAACUUCUUCAGUUGGAAUUGUGCCAAAAGAUUUCAAAGCUCAGACAUGUCGUGAAGAAUCUGAAGCUCGCUGUAAAAGUGAACGAGAAGAUGGUGAAUUAUCUCCCAGUGGAGAUCUUGAAGAGAAUAAUUCUACAACAGUUCUUAAUACUGACACUGAAGCUAUACAUAAUUCUAAUAAAUGUGAUGUUAGCAAGCAGAGAAAUGGAAAAGAGGAAACUUGUUGUGAAGAGACCGGAGGUGGAAAUGAAGCUGAUGCUGAUGACGAAGGCGAGGAAAGUGCCGAAGGGUCAUCAGACGGCGAGAAUGCCUCUGAAAAUGGUAAUGUUUUAGCAGGUGAAUACGCUGAUGGAGAAGAUUGCUCCCCAGAAGAGCCUGAUGAAGAUGUGGACCAUGAUGAGAAUGAUAACAAGGCGGAGAGUGAAGUCGAGGCAGAAGGCAUGGCCGAUAUCCAUGAGACUGAAGGAGUGGUGCCGUUUUCUGGACGAUUUCUGCAGACUGUUAAGCCUCUUACGAAGAAAAUUUCUGUGUCAGUUGAUGGGAAGGAAAAGAAUUCUCGUAUUUUUUAUGGAAAUGAUUCCUUCUAUGUGCUUUUCAGGCUUCACCAGAUGUUGUACGAAAGAAUACAGAAGGCCAAGUUGCACUCUUCGUCUCCUGAAAAUAAAUGGAGGUUGUUGAACGAUGUGAAUCCAACAGAUUCUUAUGCUAGAUUUAAGGAUGCUCUGUACAGUCUGCUUAAUGGUUCCUCUGAUAACACAAAGUUUGAAGAUGACUGCCGGGCUAUUAUCGGAGCUCACUCAUACCUUCUUUUUACAUUUGACAAGCUGAUUUAUAAACUCAUUAAACAGUUACAAAUAAUUGCUAUCGAAGAGAUGGACAACAAACUUCUCCAAUUAUAUGCAUAUGAAAGAUCAAGAAAUCCUGAAAAAUUUUCUGAUGCAGUCUAUUGGGAAAAUGCACAUUUUCUUCUCCAUGAUGAUAGCUUGCAUCGAAUACAAUGUUUUUCAUCUCCAACACGUUUAUCCAUUCAGCUCAUGGACAAUGAGCAUGAUAAACCUGAAGUGACUGCUGUCUCCAUGGACCCAAAAUUUGCAGCUUAUUUGAAUAAUGACCUCCUCUCAGUUGUUCCUGAGAGGAAGGAGACACCUGGGGUAUUCUUGAAGAGAAAUAAAAGGAAACUUGCAUGUGGAGAUGAAAUAUCUGCUACUUCCAAGGCUAUGGAAGGACUAAUAAUCUCUAAUGGCCUAGAAUGUAAGGUGGCUUGCAAUUCACUGAAGGCUGCUUAUGUUUUUGACACUGAAGACUUCUUGUUUCGGACAAGGAAGAGGAGGAAACCUUCUCAUCAGAAUGGUUCGUGCAGUGGAGCUUCCAACGGUGGCAGAGUUAGGCGAUUUCAUAAGUUGCUGCUUAGUUAGUAGUAGGCAUUUUCUGUUGCUCAACAAAGAUAGGUACUCGUUCAAAUUUUAAUAUGGCACAAUUAUCUGAUACAAUGGCUGGGUUGAACUUGAACAAGCAUACAGUUAGUGCGAUGCUCAAGUCUCCCACUGUUUAAAAAACAAACCUUCUGACAUUGUACUUCUGAAGUUCAUUAGUGGCAAAUUGGCUGCAAUUGAAUUGCAGGUUGAGGAAAUAAAGAGUAUUCAAAGCCGGAAGUAGGUGAACUUUCUGGAAUUGUUGUGUUUUGUGUUUCUCCGAUCCUGUUACAUUUAUUUAAAGGCUAAAAAAGGAGACAUUGGCACGAGAUCCAGGAUUGUUUAAUCCUCAGGUGUGUAGAUUCAGUUUAAUUUGUAAUUUAAAAAAAAUGUUCCCUUUCAUAUACUUCCCUUCUCAAUUCAUUGCUCUUUUGCAAUGCAGUUCAUUUACUCUCUCUUCAUUGUCA